AUGAGCAACCAGCAAGGGCGUCGAACAAGCAAGCGCCUGGCCGCCGCGGCCGAUAUCGAACGCGACGAUGAUUUUCAAUUUGUACGCAAGUCCAAACGGCCCAAGACGGAGGAGCCAGAGCCAAAGCCGGCGAAAAAGGCAACGGCACGCGGGCUCUCGAGCACGACAGCCGCAGCAGCAGCAACUACUACCGUCGCUACUACUAAUACCACCGCUACCGCUGCCGCUGCCGCUACCACCAUUACCACCACCACCGCAGAACCUGUUGAGCAGGAGCAAGGCCACGAGGUGUCGCCAUUACCGACGAGCCUGGCCAGCGCGGGGCGACGGAUAUCCCCGCGGCGAAAAGGAGGCGAUGCUGCUGCACCUGAAGACGGCGCAGCUGCACGCAAGCCUUUGAGGAAAAGCACGCGGGGUUCCGCGGCGGAGGAGAAGGACCAGGCAGCCGCCGGGCGACCGUCGAAACCAGCCAGACGAUGGGAGCCGUCACCGACGCCGCGGCGGCCGGCCACGGAGUCGGCGGUCAUUGCGCUGCCGAUGAACGACACGCCCGUCAUCAACCGGAACAAGGAGAUGCGCAGAAAGGGAGGCAAGGCCAACAGAAGGAGCAGUCUGGGCUCGCGCGGACGAAGGGCCAGCUCGCUGAUCGACAACGGCCAGACGGCAACGCCUCACCGCGACGUGAACCCGGACGAGUUCUACAAGCACAUUGCCCAAGGCCUGCCGGAACCGAGGAGGAUGAAGCAGCUGCUCAUGUGGUGCGGCGAGCGGGCUCUGCCGGAAAAGCCGCGGCUCGGGACACACAACCCGAGCGCCGCGCUGGGUGCCCGAGCCAUUCAAGACCAGAUACUGAAGGACUUUGCCUCGAGACCAGACUUUUCCGACUGGUUCAGUCGCGACGACGAGGCGCCCAAGCCGACGGUGCUCAAGCCGAACCCGAGAAACACGGAGCUGGACGAGAGGCUGGCAGCGUUGGAAGCCAAGAUACAGAGGUUGCAACAAGAAAAAGAAGCCUGGCUAGCCAUACGGGAGCCCCAGCCCGACCUGCCGCCGCUCUUUGCACCCUCUGACGCCGCCGACGCCGCCGACACGACCGACACGGCCGUUGAGCUACCCGACCCGUCCCUCCUGGACCCCGACGAGGCGCGGAUACGGGCCCUCCUCGCCGACGAAUUGGUGCCGUUUGAGAGCCUCUGCACACAGACCGAGGAGCGGAUACGUAAGAUCCAAGCGUCGCUCGAGUUCGAGGUGGACCAGCUGGCGGACAACGUGCACAAGCUGGAGCAGCGGGUCCUGGCGGCGGGCGGGCAGGCCGACGCGGCGCUGGGGCUCGGCGCGGCGCGGCUGCGCGAGCGCGAGCAGAGGGACAGGACGCGCGCGGGGACGCGCGACAUGCCCGUCAUGGAGGUGCUGAGGAGCCUGAGCGCGAUGCUGCCCGAGGGGGGCGGGGGGUGA